GAGACAACUUACAGCUAUUUACCCAUCCAUAUGCUAUGUCAAAGGAGCGACAAACGGUAAAUCGGCGAUGCGACCCUUAGUAGCACCUUCGUAAGCGGCCUUAUCCCAGAACCUUGCCGACGUUCGCAGAGCAGCCCUUAGCGCGCUCUUGUGCAACGGCAACUUUAUAACACCAUAGGCGCUUAUGCAUAGCAGCUUUCUACGAGUACCGCAGUUACUACUGUAACGUCCUCCAAGCGGGCCCAAGUGGAAGCCAAGUGGUGCUAGGAAAGCCGCAUAUGAACUAAAUCAGCUUGGUGUUCUUCCCUACCCCGGUAUUGCCUAUUGCACGGGGGCGCAAAGCUCUGCUGGAUGGCAGCUACAAUUCCUGCCAGACCGCUAACGCGGGACGACCUUGCAAGCGCAAAGUCGUCAAUUGUGGAAGAAUUACAUGUUAUAGGGCGACAAGCGGCUGAGCGGCUUCGUGUGCAUUUAAGGCGAGCGGAGCAGCUCCAGCAAUCGAACGCGGGCGCUCAAACUUUGUCGCUGGAGCCGGCCCCCUCGGCUAACGGCUCGCCCGCUCCUUCCACUCUUACCUAUGCCACAGCCGGAACAGCUUGCAACAUGAGCAAGUGGAUCGCGGGAAAUUCACACAACUUGCAACCAUCGUGCUCACGAUUGCCCCCUCUCCUGACUUGUGAAGCGCUCGAGAACCUCCUUCAGCAACAUUUAGUGCACGAUCAGCAGCUCCCGUCCCGCUGGGAACAGGAGCUUGAACGCAGGCUACGAGCGCACACUCCGUCUACAAACAACUCCCCGGUUGGUAGCACCGCCACCAACAGUCCGAACAGCAGCUGCCCUUCUUCUCCACUUUUGGCAGGCAUGCCACGAGGCAGGCCUAGGCGCACCAGCCGCCUGGCUACGCCCGGCGCCACGCCUGAUGUUGCUGUUGCUCCAGCUGAGGCUGCGGCCCCCAUCACCACCAUCACCAUUGCUACCGCUGCUAAAAGACCUGCGCUGAAAAUCCAGGCGCCCACAGCUGCCUCUCCUGCGGCAGAUCUGCAGCAGCAGCGGCAGGUCCCGGGGGCCCACCACCUCACCAUCGCCACCUCACCGUCACCAGCCCACCCACAUCAUCAGCUCCCUUCUCCCCUGACCCCGCCUUCUCUACUACACCUGCAGCUUCAGCAUCACGGCCAGCAGCCACACCAGACCGCCCCAUCCCGCCGGCCCUCCUGCCUGGGCAUGAAUACCAGCAUCGGAAGUCACAGUUCCAUGCAUGCCGUGUCGAUAGGCACCGCCGAUGGAGGCGGCGGCGGCGACAGGAGCUGUGGGGGCCGCCUGCAAGUGGGCCGACAGCCGGCGCAGCGCCAGCCACAGCACCACCAGCAGCAGCCGGGCUACCGUGCAGGCAGCGAGAUGCGCACAUGGGAUGGGGAGGAGGAAGAAAGAGAGGAGGCUUGCUCGGGGGAUGCUUUAGUGCAACAGCAGCAGGAGGAGCGCGACGAGCAGGCGAAGGGGCUUUCUGAAGGUGCUGAGGCAGACAUCUAUGUGAACAUUGCAUUGCGACCCGGAUCACCAGCAAAGGCUGAGGCAGUGGGGGCAGUAAGCAGCAGCACAUGCAAGGAGUCUAGCGCUGCCGGGCGGGGCAGAUACCCGUCGGCGGCAGCACUGGUGGCGGCGGCGGCAGCGGCGGCGGCGUCCCUGCAGCAGGACCUCUCCUCGCACUCGCGGGCGCUCCGGGAGUUCGCACGGCAGCGCGGCUUGACCCUUUCCACUAGUACCAGUGACAGCAGCAACAGCAGCAGCCUUCCUAGCAACAGCAACAACAACAGUGGCGGUGGCAGCGCCGUCGACGGAGGUGGCAUGCGCUCUACUUCCUCGUCCUCGUCCUCCUCUUCUAUAUUUACUCCUUCUUUCCUCGCAAAUGGUGGUUCAUCGAGUAGCGCCUGUGCUUCACCCGAUGCGGCGUAUUUUCUAUUCUCCCCGGCCCUUAGCAGCAGCAGCGCCGCCACCACCUCCACGUCGUACAGCUCCGGAACCACGGGUGCUUUGGGCUUUACGGCAUCACCUCUGCCUUCACCUUGCGACCAACCAGGAGGGCAGUAACUGGGCACGUCCAGUAGUUAGUGUUAUCAACUAGACAUUUCUUGCUAGUUAGCCUUAAAUGCAGAUGGCAAUGCUUUGUGCGCAGAUAGGAACACAGUUAGGUGAUUGCUGCUGGUUUAGGCGUGUCCGUCUGGUUUGUUGUCUGGUUUGUGGCGCGUGCCGAUCUGAAGCCGAUCUCGCAACGUGUGGUGCUGAGACGGUGUACGGAAUCACCCGCGCAUGCUCACGGUGUGCACUGGGGCUGACGAGGGACACGUGGAGCCCAGGAAGCCAACGUAGAAUCAGAGGUGGCAUGCGGUUGUAGCCCAUUGCAAGCUAGUUGAGAUCCUUACGGUGGCACAGUACGCGGCACAUACACGGACUGGUUCACGUGACCUGGUCGGUGCUGGAGUUAGGCUAGCAAGGAUGCUCCGCUGCGUUGUGUUAAUUAGCUGCAAGAUGAAUUAGACCUGGGACAUCAAUUAUUCUCUAAUAGAUGCUUAGGAGGGUUGGCUUAAGGAUUAGGAAGCUACAUGUCGGAAGUGUCGGUGGCUGUGAAGUGGUAGCGGCGGGUAGAUGCUGUGGGACCCGGGGAGAGGGAGCAGAGGGCUUGGAGGAUUGCAGGGGGCCGCAGAGUUGUUUGCCAGGCAUAUAGCUUGCAUAUGACACGCAGGCAGUCGUUUGUGUUUAUGUUUAUCUCGAACUGUGGUUUCGCACCCUCCUGGCCUUUUACGUAGCUCUUAACUUACCCUCACUGUGUACCAAGGUGGCAGUGGGCAGCUUGCUUGCUUGUUUUCGCGCAGGCCUACGGCCGACUCUUUGUUGUGAGCCUUCUGACGCGUUUCAGUGAGACUUCGCAUUGCCGUGGCAUGUAGUACAUGGCCUUGUGCGGAAGCGUCCUUUUUCUAAUGUGGCUUGACUCAAGACAGUCUUGGAAGCACUUUCCAUACCGGUAGCUUCCGUACCUUCAACUUUUCUUGCAUUUGGAAAGCUGCGGUCCUUUUGACAAUACUAAACUUGCACGGAAGCCGCACCUUGGCUGUUUGCCGGCGACCGGAACACUCAUAUGUGGCUUUGACUUGCAUUUGGCUUCUGAUUGCUAGUCAUUGAAGGCUGAGAGGACAUGUUGCGUGCAGUAGGCAUCGGGCGUAUGCGUGUAUGGGUUGUAUGUGAAGUCGAGUUAGCUAAGGGCAUGGUGCGAGAACGAGAGGAUGGAAGCAGGAGUCUCGGGCGAGCGUUCAUUGCCCUGGAGGCGUUCAUUGACGUUCGUGCUGGUGCGUCCCGAGGAGGGCGGCAUGCAUGCAUGCACGCACGCAGGGGCCCCGAGGAUGCGGUAGUGCAGGAGAUAGUGCUUAUAGCUAUGCUGCUGCAGGUGAUGCGGAAUUUUCAGUCAUGGAGGCUGAGCAGGGAGUGAAAUAUGGGCCGUGCCUUUCAGAAGCCCUCAACAGGGCCUUACACUUACACAGCAGGGCCUGAGAGGCUGCUGUCAGGGCGCCAGUGUAACGACUUGCGCACGGG